GACGUCACUUCCUCUUGGUGCUUUGGUGCUUCCUUUUCGGAGAACAGACAGCGGAAAAAGAGAGGAGGGUCCUCUCUCUUAUCAACACAAGGAAAUGUCUGACAUCAUCUGUAAUACAUGCUCUUAACUGUACCAUUCUGAGUAUAUUUACAAGUUGUUAUUUACUUUGUCUUUUGGUAAAUACAUUCUUUAUUGGAAAGGUAGCAACAAACCAAACGCGAAAUGAACGGAGCAGCAUUCCCUUCCCCCGCAGCAGAGAUGGCGGAGAUGAACCGUAUCCAGUAUGAGCUGGACUACACUGAAGGGAUCAGCCAGAGGAUGCGCAUCCCUGAGAUGCUCCGAGUGGCUCCUCAAGCCCACGAGGACCCUAAUCUUGGAUCUCAGGAGGUCCCCCACAGUGUCACAAUGCAAGUCCCAGAGAGAAUUGUGAUUGCUGGAGACAGUAAUGACCCCCAGUUCUCCAGACCUAGAGACCUGGACCUAAUCCAGUCAACACCACUAGAAACCCUAUCACUGAAGACUCCACCCAGAGUCCUCACGCUGAGUGAUCGGCCCCUGGACUUCCUGGAAGAGGAGCAGCGGGCAGCUCCAGACAGUGAGGAGGUGUUGCGGCCCCAAGCACGAGUACGACGGGAACGUUCAGCCAGUGAGAAUGCAGCUGCCCGUCAUAACAGUCCGCUGACGCGCAACGAUUCUGCUGCGACCCCGUCCCCCCCAGCCACUGUUCACCCUUGCCCCCUUCUCACCGUGACUGAAGAAGAACACAACCUGUACAGCGCUAGCAGUGUUCUAUCUUUCAUCCAGUCCACUACACGUCGGGCCUACCAGCAGGUCCUGGAGGUCUUGGACGAGAACCCUCGCAGCAAACCAUCACUGCGAGGGGGGUCGGCCAUGAGCUCCAACCCCCUGCAUGACUCCAGGCUUGCAUUAUCAACAUAUGAAGGCACACUGGAUGCGGGGCCUGAUGACAUGACUGUGGUUGAUGCAACAACGCUUCGACGUCAGCUCAUCAAGUUGAACCGGAGACUCCAACAUUUGGAAGAGGAGAACAAGGAGCGAACAAAGCGAGAGAUGAUCCUGUACUCGGUCACUGUUGCUUUCUGGCUCGUCAACACCUGGGUGUGGUUGCGACGCUAGAGCCGAGUACGUAGAGUAUUUCUGCCAUCACCACGACAGAAGAACGGACUAUCCCUUAUUCUAUGUGUCAAAUGUUAGCUACUCGCUGCACUCAGUCCCUGUGUGAGGAAGACCUUGUAACGUGUACAAGGCCUGUUGCCCACAGGGCUUAUAUUUUGAUUUGGUUUAUUUAAUACAUGUACAGUUUUAUUUUUUUACUCUCAUUUCAUCCUGUCUCAUGUUUUGUUUUUAUUACAAAUCUUCUUGCGCGAUGCUAAGCAUGACUUAUUGUAAAUAUUUGUCCAUGUCACCCAGAGCUGUGGAAAGAAGUCAUCUAGUACAGUAAAGCAUAGUUUACCAAAACAGGAAAAUGGAGCAGCAAUGUGGAGAUGUAACAUGUUGAAUAUUUAUUGGGGAGAGAGUAAUAUGUGACUUGAACUGGGAAAUGUAAUACAAUUUAGUAAAACCAA